AUGCCACCAAAGAAGGGCCUCGACCAGGAGGCGCUCCUUCGCUGGGCCAAGGCAGAGACGAGCGGCUACCCUCUCGUGCAGGUCACCAACUGGCAGUCAUCGUGGAACGACGGCCUGGCCUUUUGCGCCCUGCUGCACCGCCGCUUCCCAGAGGACAUCGGAUCGUUCGACGCGCUCACCAACGCGACGCCGGAGGCGCGCGCAGCCAAUUUUGAGCUCGCGUUUGGCGUCGCCGAGCGGCGGCUGGACGUCGACCGCCUCCUCGACGUGGAGGACAUGAUGGCGACGUACCCAAAGCCGGACAAAAAGUGCAUGGUCCUCUACGCCGUGACGCUAAACAAGGCCAUCGCGGAGAAGUUCGGCAGCGCCUCAGGCUCUGGAGCUGCGCCUGCUCCCGCGGCAGCGAGCAAGAAGGAGGCGGCAAAGGCAAAGGCGGCCGCCGCAAAGGCAGAGAAGGAGGCCGAGGCGGAGAGGGCCAGGGCGGAGAAGGAGGAGCGGAUCGCGCGGUCGCGGGCAAAGGCGGCCGCCACAAAGGCGGGCAAGGCACGCGAGGCACAGGAGCAGACGGCCUCCUCCGCGGCGUCGGCCGCUGACCGGCUGACGAGGCUGGCGGGCAAGUCGGGCGACGCUCCCAGUCCGUCGCCGACCGGCGCUCGGAUGCCGUCGAUUGCCGCCGCGGCGAGGGCGCUGACCUGGGCGAAGAAGGCCAAGGGGUCGCCCGCGCCGGUCAAGGGUGCGGUCGCACGGGCGGCGCUUGCGCUCGAGGGCGGGAGCCCCGCAGCGGAGAGGGGUCCCGGCGGACUGGCGCACUUGCGGGCGAGAGCUGCCGCCGCCCGGUCGGCCAAGGCAAGAAUUCGCGCCGGCGUCAAGCUGCGAAAGCGGGCGCCAGCCGCGCCUGCCAAGCCGGCUGGAGGGGAGGGAGUGAUGAGCAGACUGCAGCCCACGGCAGCGGGCACGGCGGCGGCGGCUCGCUCGGAUGGGUCGGCGGCGCCCUCGGGAGGGUCGUCGAGCGCUUCGCACACCGGGCAGGUGAGGCCGUCGCUGGAGGCGAGCCGGUUGCGGGAGAGGAAGGAGAAGGAGAAGGCGGACAAGAUUGCGCUGCUCAAGGCGCGCGCGGCGGCGGCCAGGGUUGCCAAGGCUCGGGUGGAGGAGGAGUCCGCCCGCCGCUCAGCGGGAGAGGCGGCCGCAGGUGAGGCGGCGCCUCCGGCGGUGGUAUCGCCCGUGGCGUCUCGCGCGGCUCCCGGCUUUCUGAGCCAGAUCCGCACGGGCGGCUUUCUGCGGAGCAAGCCGUCGCCCGCGCCGUCGCCCUCGCCGUCACCGGUGCCAUCGCCUGUGGGUAAGCGGGCUGCCGUCUCACUGGCCGUGUCCAAGAAGCUCUCCGCAGAGAUCUCAAACGCGCCACCCCGCGGCUCGAUGGCGGAGCGGCUGCAGGCCUACGACGCCGCCGAAGCGGCGCAGCCCUCCACUUCCACGCCCCUCCGGCCCUCGCCUGACAAGGAGGGGGUCGAGGUGCACGAUCGCCGCAGUGUCGCCGACCGCGAGGCCAAGGCGACGGAUGCCCUCUCCGAGUUCCGGGCGGCGCGGCUCUCCCUCCGCACCGGCGAGCCAAAGAGAGGCGGCGCGGCUGCCGCGGCUGUGGCGGUCCCACCGCUCAAGGUCACGCGGAUCGACGGCGUCAAGUCGGCCCGCGAGGCGCUGGAGCAGUACCUCGAGCAGAUGGUCUCCGCCUCGGAGACGUCCGACUCGGAGUCCGGCUCCUCCUCCGAUGAGGGCGAAGAAGAGGAGCUGCCGCCUCCGCCGCCGGGCGGGCCCCUUUGGAGUCCGUCCGAGCUCCUCGGCUUCGGCGGGCUGACGGCCAUGCAGUUUGCUCAGGCCGACGCCGACGCCGACGGCCGGGUGACCCAGAGCGAGCUCCAGGCUAUGCCAUCGCCGAGGGCAGAGCUGUUGGCGGCGUUGGCGGCGCCGGCCACCAAGACCGGCCGCGUCGCUGCCUCCGGGGCGCUCACCCCUCGGCUCAAGCUGCAGCUGCUGCGCGAGACUCUCGCAAAGCGGCGGAGCUCGAGCGCCCCUGGACGGCGGCCUUUCCCGGGCGCAGAGGGCGGCGGGGGCGAUGCUUCUGCAGGCAACGCGUCGGCGCCGGGGUUGCGGGCCGGGCGCGGGGUAGCGUCCGAGCAGGAGAACGACGAGCGGAACGACGACAUUCGGAGCGAAGCCAAGGCGGGAAGCGGCGCGGGCGACAGCAGCGAGAGAAGCGAGGGCGAGAGCAGCCAGAGCAGCGAGAGCGACAGCAGCGACGGGGACGCGGACGCCGAGGAGCGGCUUGGGCUGAUGGGGUGGAUGCGCAACGUGGGCAAGGUUGGCGGCAAGGUGGGCAAGGUGCGGCUGCGGAGCGCGUCGGAGCGAGUCGCCCCACGGCCGAAGCUCGCAGUCGGUGCGAUCUCGCACCUGCGCCCGGGGCCUGUCGACUCGAAGCGACGCCUCUCGCAGCGGCUGCCGUCGUUCCUGCACGAGCUCGAGGAUGCCGCGCUGCGGCGAGACCUCGAAACGUGGGCGGGGUCGCGCAAGCUCCCCGGCGAGGCGGUCGAGCUGCUGCUGGCGGCCGGCGUACAGGACGUGGCGGAGAUCAAGCACUUGCGGGGAGGCGACGCGCUGGCCUCCCCGCCCGUCAUGGAGCAGUUCCCGAUCGAGCUCCGUGAUAAAGUGGAGCAAGCGGUGCAGGCGGAGAGGUACAGCUAUGCCACGCUUGACUGACACGCGCACUCGAGCACGCGCACAUGCGCCGCUUAAGCGCUAUGUAGAGUUACCUUUUGCUAAAGGGCGGAUUUCAUUGGC